AGGCAGGCGAUAAAGGCAGCCAGAGUGGGAGUGAAAGAGCUGUGGGAAGCAGAGUGGACAGAGAGAGAGCGUGGAUGUACAGCCAGAGAGAACCAGGAGGAAGGAGUUAAAGUGCUAGCGGGAGACCACAGAGUUGGAAGCAAUAGAUUGCUACAUAAUGGAGGUGCAUACGGAGUGUGCGGAUCCUCCCGCAGCCCCUCAGUGUGACCCCCAGCCCACGGGGAAGAUCAACAAAGCCGCCUUCAAGCUCUUCGGAAAGCGACGGACUGGCUCUGGAAUGGCCAGCUUCUUCUCCUUCAGGAACAAAGGAGCCACGCUGAGUGGGACAAAUGGGAAUUCUGACACUGGGAAUUCCAUGAAUGGGAAUGGUUCAAUGUCAUCAGUCGAGCUGGUGAGGAGCAAGACGCACGAUGGACUCACCGGAUCCAACAAUGAUGCUGAUGGACAGAGAGGGGAGGGGCAGGAGGCAGGGACUGUGAGGUCUCUCAGUAAAUCACUAAGUUUCUUCUCCCUGCUGCGACGUGGGAGUUUUAGGUCAAGUGAAAAUGGUGGCGGACUGGCGCGGAGAGGGAGAGGCUUGAAGGGCUUUUUCAGCAGCAUGCGAUGGAGACGUAAAGACAAAACAAAUGAGGGAGACGGGGAAGAGUUAGAAAGCCGGAAGGAUGGGGAUGAUGCUGCCCCUGAAAUGGCAAAGGAUGUCACUCUCACCCUUGAGCCAACACCACAUCAUCACCAAGAGGAUCAUGGGAAGACAGAAGCAGAAUGUAACCCCCAAGCAGCCGAGGCUCACAGUACCAGUGCUUCCCUGACGCCCACACACUGUGUGGCUAUGCUUGGCCCAUCUGGUGAGCCAGAUUCCCCCUCUCCUUACACACCCACUGACUCGCCUUUGCAUCCGACCACCUGCAAUGCCAAAGCCUCAGUUUCUAGCCUCACCCCCUCCCUCGCCACACCCCCUUUGGAGCGUUGCAGUACAGGUGACCCAACCUCGGAACCUUCGGUGGACCGCCUGUGUUCUCUUCUCUUCAAUGACGUCACAUCUCUUAAGAGCUUUGAUUCACUCACCGGCUGCGGGGACAUCAUUGCAGAUGCAGAUGAGGAGACAGCAGGAAAUGGGGGCAGUGGUACCAGUAGCAGCAGCAGUGGGGGUGGUGGAGGCGGAGGUGGGAGUGAAGGAGGAGCAGGUGCUGUUAGGCCACGAGGCAUAACCUGCGCCGCCACACGCUGCUCCCCAUCAAAAGCCCCUUUGCCAGUGUUCACUGCAUGUCCUUGUCCGGGGUCGGCUUCUCUUCCUGCCCGUGCCCGGGUGACGCCCACGCCUCAACCAGCCCCAGUGGGCAGUGGGGUGGUGGCCUAUAUGGGUGGCGGGGAGGAAAUGGCGAGUCCGGAGGGAGUGGAUGAUGCAGACAUGCAGGGGCUCUGGCAUAUGUUGCCUUCCACCGGGGACAACUCCCCUGCUUUGCCCCGAUUCCACCAACCCUCCUGCAACACUCCCACCACCACGUACUCCUCUCGCAGCCUCGACGCCACCAGCAGCCACCAACCUUCAGCCAAGCUACCCCAGGUGAAAUCUUUGGGGCUCAGCAAGAUUCCAGUGGUUGGUGGAGCAGGAAGUCGGGCGGUAAAGCCCUUCCUACCUCAUAGUCGCCACCCAGCAUCACCUGGGGAAAAAGAGCCACUCAGCGAUGAAGGUUACUGGGAUACACCCUCAGCAACGCCCACAGCAACACCUGAUGAAAGUGGGCUGCAACAUAAACACAACAUGUCGCGCGACAGCUGCUCUGGAGACCACCUGUACGACCUCUACAAUGAGGGAGAUGAAGACCAAAACAGUUCUUCCUCCUUGUCAACUGAAUACAAACUCAGUCCACCUUCCUCUUCAUCCUCCUCUUCCUUCCGGUCCAUGAAAGGCAGCGCCAGCCUUCCCCGGGAGUCCAAGAUCCCCGUAAGCGCCAGACAAACCACACCCCCACACUCUGCAAGCCAAUCAGCGCUGUCGUCCGUCCUGGAGGCAGAAACCUCUCCGCCAAAGACCCAAGCACCCCCUCCAGCUCGCACCAGAAUCCCCGUAUCUAAGGUACCCGUGCGUCGCUCAGGAAACAAACCUGGCGCCACAAACAGACUUCCCACAACUGCUUCCAAGAAGUAGGCCUUCUUUAUCCCCCUGCCUCUACGAACUACGAGGCUGACCCUUCCGUGCUGAGCCAAAGGUUUUCCCAAGCCAAGAAAAAUGUUGCGCUGUAGAGUUAAUGGCCUAGAAAUUCCUUUCAAAUCUUAAAAGCACCCUUUUCAAAAAGGCUUGAACAAUGAGGGCUUGUUCACCUGGGAGAAGUCGCAAAGAGACGCCAACAAAACCCGGAUUACUUUGAAAGUUGACCGCUGACAAUCCAUGAACUCCUCUGAAAAGUUCACCUUGGAAAACUGCAAGUCUGAGGGUCUAAUUUGAAAGCAAAUAUAACCUGAGCUGCUUUUUUGAUAAUCUUUUACAAAAUGACACAUGGUGCAAAUCAAUUAAAAAAAAAAAGACCUUUGAAUAAUUUUAUUUUAGAGCCGGAGUGUCGAAUUGACCUGAAUGUAAGACAGUAUUUGACGAAUCAUCAUGUCUUUGGGUCUAGAGAUUUAUUAAUGCAAACCAACUGGGGACAACUUCUCCCCAAGUGAAUCAGAGCUUUUCUUCCUGUCACUCACACACAAAAACAACACAGGAGGAGAAUUUUAAGAUAAUGUUUAUCAACGAGGGGCCGCAUGGUGGCCUAGCGGUUAGCAUGUAAGCUACACAGUUAGGAGAUCCAGGUUCGUAUCGCCAUUAGGCAUCUCUGUGUGCCGUUUGCGUGUGUGGGUCUUCUCCGGCUAAUUGGUCCGGUCGACUAUGCUUUCUUAUUGCAAUCGACCAGUCUUUAUUUCACUGCUAUUGAACACAAGACUUUAAAACUCAUUCUUUAAUAUUAUUUUUCCAAAAACAUAUCUUGCUUAUUUGAUCCUACUCCUUCCCUGACUCUCACACAUGGUCUUACAUUAAGGGUCGUCUUAUAUUCAGGUCAAUACGGUAGUUUGGAGCACACUGGACAAUAGCCACGCCAUAUAAAAAGAAAAAGAAGCCAUUUUUAAAUUGUUUUAUUAUGCAUUUGACUAAAAAAAAAAAACAUCUCUUCUAUUACAUAUCUAGUUUCCAAACAAGCAAGCUCACAUUUUGGGACUUUGCAUGAACCACUUUUCAAUUCUGCAUUUAUGGGAAGUUCCUCCAAUCUCUGGGAUUUCUGACUUUUACCGGUGGGAAUGUCAAUACCGAUGAUAUUGUAACCACACACUAACAUGACAGGCACUCCCUCUGCAUGCAGGGCACACACACAUGCAAGGCACAAAGGUCGGGGAACUCCCUCUUCACAAUGUUCUCACUUUGUAGCUCCACUGAAUGACUUUUAUCUCCAAGAACACAAUACUUCUACGUAGUGUUUUUUUAUAUCCUCCUACCUGCACGGAUUCAAACUGUGAUGACGCCAGCUUAAUAAUCCUUUCUGCUAACAUACUGUAGAUGUGAAUGUUUACAGGGUGGGAUCCUUUCUUUCUGAAUAUGCCUGCAACUGUUUUUUUAAAUACUGCUGUGACCCCAAAAUAGCAACGAUGCAACUAUUUCUAUUAUUGGACCGACACCCAAAAAGCCAUUGUGUGUUACUGGAUACACUGUAGAAACCCAAGGAGGUAUUCCAGGUGUGUGUGAAACUGAAUGUAGCUUGACGUCUUUGUAGGUCAACCAGCAUAUAUUUUUUUGGCGUCUGCAGACUUUUCUCUUUCAGUCUGGUUUUUAUAGGAUCGGGACAAAUGACUGUACAGUUUUUAACGCCCCAAAAACCACUUUGCAAUGUGAGAUCAGGACGAAAAGCCGCCAAAAAUGUAUUUCAAUAGUGACGCCAUGAGCAUUUAGUUCCUCCGCCCUCAGUUAAACAGAGGGAUUUGUAUAUGCAACGUCAUUUCUUCACUCUCGGGGGUCAUGAUAGACCUUCCAUCUCACUUAAAAGUGUGAUUAUUGAUCCACUCCAGGUCUGCAUAACUUCAUCCCAAAGCAUUUCGUAAAGAAAAGGUCAAUAAUGAAACAAACAUCAUUUGUCUUGUUUAUUUCUUGCCUCUGUAAGCACGAUCAUUCUGCUUUUUGUGUGUUAUUUGGUCGUUGUGGGAUAGGGAAGCAAUUCAGACAGUAUUGCUACUUAAAGAUUGGCAAGGACAAGGUACCAUCUCAAAAUAAAAUCUUUGCUACCUCCACUUACCAUCAUAGCUUUGAAUAUGUGGCUUCUACUCACAUCACAUGAUGGAAUUUCAACAUUUUAGCAAAGGGAAAAUUCAUUUGAAUCCAAUUUCAGCGACUAUCUGGUUCAUAAAUUUUAACAAUUAUUUCCUAUGUGCAGCAUGGGUCGCUAAUAUUAAUUUAUUUUAAAUGUAAUAAUUUCUACUAAAUAUGACUUAUUCCAUGGAUUUAUCAAUUUUUCUGCCCUCCCACAAAAAUGUAGGCCUUAUUUACUGCCAUCAUCCGCUGCAUUUUGUCUUUGCUUUCAUUUUGUUUGCUGUGAAGUCUCUCCACUUUUCAUGUUUAAUGAAUAAACGUGUUUGUGCUAAUGCA